AUGCCCAUCUCGACCAUAGCAAUCCUCUACCCAGGCGCCAUGGGCGCCUCCCUCGCCCACGUUCUCUCCCUGCGCCUGCCCCAUCUCAGGCUCCUCACCUCCCUCUCACACCGCUCUCCCUCUACCAUCGCCCGUGCGGCCGCAUCGGGUCUUGUGGAUAUACCAAUGGAGCAAGCUGUCCAAGAGGCGGAUGUGAUUCUGUCCGUGCUGCCCCCGAGCGAGGCUGUCAAGCUUGCCAAGGAAGUAGCGGGGCAUCUCGGGGAGAAGAAGCCGGUCUACAUCGAAGCCAAUGCCGUUUCCCCCGAAACGGUGGCUCACAUAUCGUCCAUCUUUCAGCCCCACAAUAUUCCCUUCUUGGACGGAUCCAUCAUUGGUUUCCCUGCCACCAACAACCUCAGCUCCAUUCCCAAACUCUACCUCUCUUCCAAACCAGAAUGGGGCGACAAGCUCCGGGAGGUGGCUGAUGUAUUGAGCGGAGGAGGCGUAGGGAAGGGGCUGAGGGUGAAGGUGAUGGAAGACGCAGGCGAAGGAGGCGCGAGUGCGUUGAAGAUGUGCUAUGGUGGUAUCAAUAAGGGUGCUACAGGUCUAGCGGCGCUUCUCGUGCUCUCAGCACGAGCUCACUCUCCUGGAACGGCCAAGGCGCUACUCGACGAAAUGGUUGAAUCACAACCUGCUUUUACGCAAAAGCUGGUCAAGGGACUGCCGGAUAUGGUGCCCAAGGCUUAUCGAUGGGUCGGAGAGAUGGAAGAGAUCUCUGCCUUUAUCACAGCGUCAAUCAUAGACACUCCCUCGGCAUCGCAACAUACUAAUCCGGCGGAUACGUUCCAGGGACUCGCGCAAGCUUUCCAGCGUAUAGCGGACGAUCUGAAGGAGAAAGAAGCUGUGGAAAAGAAGGAUGAGGAGCUGAAAGGGCUUCUGGACUGGGCUGAAGAAGGAAAGUCGGAGCUGGAGAGGCGACAUCCAAAGUGA